AUGGAUCUCUACAAGCGGGUGUUGAAGUUGGAGUAUCUUGAUUUCCAAUACAAAGAUAAGUGGGUAGUGUGUCCAGGAGCUUUCCAUAUGGCAGUUUGCGCUCUAAGGUGCCUUGGAAAAACAAUCGAAGGCAGCGGUAUCGACGAAGCAUGGGUAGAAGCAGAAGUGUACAGUUCUGUCACCAUGGACCAGAUUAUCAAUGGGAAUCACUACAGAAGGGCAUUGGAGGCUCAAGAAGUCACACUUCAAGUGCUGUUCGACCUUUGGAUUGAAGCAUUCUUUUCAGAGCGACCUGCUGUACAAACAAGCCUAGAAGCCUGUAUUAAGCAAGUUUCCAAAGCAUGUGUGUUGAAGCAGGGUGUUCAUGAAGCUCACUUUUCACUGAUUGCCACACUCGAAUCUAUCAACAUCGACAAACAGCUGAAUUUGACGCCAGACAUGAGGCACAUCCCAUGUUUCAAUGGGCGCGGAUGUACAUGCACCAAGUCAUUGUUUUGCUUCAAUUCCAACACGCUACACACCAAGGAGAUUGGUUUCUGCAUCUGUCUUUUCUUGAAAAACUCUGUGUGUAUUUCUUUGCAUAUAACAGGCUUGAUUAUACACAAAAUAUACCAGAGUAUGUGGCCCACAUGUACCAGAUGGAGAGAGCAGAUCCCAAAGUCUGGCUUCAGUUCCUAUCGAACAAAUUCACGGUUAAUACUUCAAAUAGAAUUCCGUUCACCCGCCUUGGGCUAGAUCAUGCACAGGAGCAUGUCAACAAAAAUCUGAAAGGCCAGGGCGCUAUAAGUGGCAUUAUGCAGAAUCCGGCCACACUCCUGAAGUUCUGUAUGUGCGCUCCUGAACUUUCGCGCAUUGUUGAAGAGACUGAGACAAUGGUUGGGAUGCCAAAGCAAAAUGACACUGAACAUCACCGCCUGAAUUAGACUACAGUGGUACACCAAGAACAGGAUAUCGCAAAUCUGUCUUGUGUGCUUUCACCGUGUAACAUUUUCACAUCAGAAGAAACAAACUUGUUCAAACUCAUGACAAAGGAGAUUAUCCCGAAACCUAUUGAGGAAAGCAUUUUAAGCAUGGAAGCUUGUGGGUCAUCUGUGAUGAAGAAAUUUUUUGAAGAAAGAAUAAGCGGAGAAACCAAUCUAUGGGAAAAAAUGACAAAGUCCAAGUUUCUAUCGUGGAAUUCCUCAGGCAAAGAGAUUAAACUCCAAGCCAAAUCAGAAGUCAUCACUCUUCGCACAACCACGGGUCUUAUGUCCAGACCUUAUGUCUUAUGCUCAUGA